GCUAGCUAAGAUAAUUACUAGAAAACCAAAUUGUUAAUGUCAUCUUCCUCCUAUAAUUUCCUCCGUUAAUACUUCACCCUCCUCAUCCAUUCCUGCUUAGAAACCAUAUUGUUCCCCUACAUAUGCUUCCGUAUAUAGAUUAUUAUGGAUAUAUAGAUAUAUACAAACACUUUGUGUUUUGCCAUGCAUGAUUUUGUGUUGUUAUAAGUUUAGAAUUUGGCGUUGACGAAGAAGUUGUUGCGUUUUAACUUUCUUGGAAGGUCUUGAACAUUUCUCAUGCAAUGUCGUCGGAGGACAAUCCGUUAUUGGCGGCGUCCAUGGUUGAAGAGGUGAUUGAACAGUACGGGGAAAAUUUGAGCAAUGUUGAUUUGUAUGCUGCCAGAAAAGCUGAAGAAGCUUCAUUGAGAAGAAAUGAAGCUGGUAGGUGGUUAAGAAAGAUUGUAGGAGUGGUUGCUAGUAAAGAUUUACCGGCUGAACCUUCAGAAGAAGAGUUCAGAAAUGGGUUGCGAAGCGGCAUUAUACUUUGCAAUGCUCUUAAUAAAGUACAACCUGGCUCUGUGCAGAAAGUCAUUGAAGCACCGCUAGAUUCUGCCAGCAACUCUGAUGGGGCAGCCCUUUCUGCAUACCAAUACUUCGAAAAUGUAAGAAACUUCCUUGUGGCUAUGGAAGAAAUGGGGCUUCCAACAUUUCAAGCUUCCGAUCUCGCGCAGGGCGGGAAGCCAUAUAGAGUUGUCAAUUGCGUACUAGCACUGAAAUCAUAUUGGGAGUGGAAACAAUGUGGCGUUGGUUCUUGGAAACUAAGUGGGAAUGUGAAACCUGCAUCACGCGGAAAGAAAUUUCUUCUAAAGAACUCUCAACCCUUCAUGAACACAAUUUCACAUACCUCAUUCGUCAUUGAAAAGGCUCUCAACAAUGUUAACCUUGAGUGCGACCAUCCUGAGACGGAGCAAUUGGAGUCCUUGCAAAUACUGGUCAACAAAGUUCUAGCUGAUAAGAAACCAGAAGAUAUACCAUUUAUUGUGGGGAACUUGUUAGGUAAAAUAAUGGAAGAAUUUGAGCAUUGUUUAUUAAGCCAUAAUGAAGAGGUGGAAACUGCUACUCAAGAUAUUUCUCUGACGUCUUCUUCUUCGGUUGAAUGUUCAUAUAUAGAUUCAAAGGAUGAAGAUAAAACAAAUCCAGCACCUUUUGGUGAAGAACAGUUUCACCAUACAGGAGUAAAUAAAAUCACACCAAGAAGGUGUGAUGAGAAGCAACACAUGUUAAUCAAACAACAACAAAAUAUACAGGACCUCAAGUGUACCCUUUAUGAUACAAAAAAAGAGUUACAGUGCAUACAAGUCAAAUAUAAUGAUGAAGUAAAUAAUCUAGGUAAACAUUUGCAAGGCCUAGCUCAUGCAGCUUCUGGAUACCAGAAAGUUUUGGAGGAAAACCGCAAGUUGUACAAUCAAGUGCAAGAUCUUAAAGGAAGUAUAAGGGUGUAUUGUCGAGUGCGACCAUUCUUGCCUGGGCAACACAAUCGCUUUAGCACUUUAGAUCAUGUGGAAGAGAGAAGCAUUACAAUAAUAACUCCCUCAAAAUAUGGAAAGGAGGGAAAGAAAACAUUCACUUUCAACCGUUGUUUUGGUCCAUCUGCAACCCAAGAACAAGUAUUUACAGACACACAACCUCUCAUUCGAUCCGUCCUUGAUGGAUACAAUGUUUGUAUAUUUGCUUAUGGUCAAACUGGAUCAGGAAAGACAUACACUAUGUCUGGACCAGAUGAGGUCACAAAGGAAACUCAAGGUGUAAAUUAUAGGGCAUUAGAUGAUCUGUUUCUUAUCUCAGAGCAAAGGAAAAACACAAUAGCUUAUGAAGUCUCUGUUCAGAUGAUCGAAAUUUACAAUGAACAAGUUAGAGAUCUCCUUGCAACUGAUGGCAUCAUAAAAAAAUAUCCUCUCUAUGACUUUGCAAAGUCUUUACCUUAUCAUAUUCAUUAUCCUUGUCAAGCCCUUACAGUUUUUCUUCACUUGUAAAUACAUUAGAAAUUCGUAACAACUCACAGAAGGGUUUAAAUGUACCUGAUGCAAAUAUUGUAUCUGUAUCAUCGACAUCAGAGGUCCUCAAGUUGAUGAAUCUAGGGCAGAAGAACCGUGCAGUCGGUGCAACUGCCAUGAACACUCGUAGUAGUCGUUCCCACAGUUGCCUCACAGUUCAUGUUCAGGGGAGAGGACUAACAUCUGGAACAAUACUUCGCGGUUGUCUGCAUAUGGUUGACCUGGCAGGAAGUGAAAGAGCAGAUAAAACUGAAGCAACUGGUGAAAGGUUGAAGGAAGCACAACAUAUAAACAAGUCUCUUUCUGCUUUAGGAGAUGUCAUAUAUGCCCUUGGGCAUAAGAGUUCACAUGUCCCCUAUAGGAACAGCAAGCUUACUCAGCUUCUGCAAGAUUCUCUCGGAGGGCAAGCCAAGACAUUAAUGUUUGUUCACAUUAGUCCUGAGGUAGAUGCUAUUGGAGAGACACUUAGUACUCUUAAAUUUGCUGAACGUGUUUCUGCUGUUGAGCUUGGUGCACCACGUGCAAACAAAGAUUCUCCCGAUGUAAAAGAACUCAAAGAACAAAUUGCAAAUUUGAAGGCAGCUUUGGCAAAGAAGGACGUGAUAAGCUCUAGGUCAAGUAGCCCAGAAAGGAAAAUGACGUCUUCUGGAUCAUCACCUUCAAACUAUAGUUUGCAAAGUUUUAGAGACAUGCAAAUCUCUAAUCAAGAGCAGCUUAUGGAGGAUGUUGAUGACAACAGAGAGGUGAGGAAAUGUUCUGGAGGAAGGCAAAGCUUAGAUCUUGAUGACCUUCAUAUGAACUCACCUCCUUGGCAACCUAAUGCAAGCUCUGGAUCAAAUGAAUAUGAGAAAGAUGCAGCGAGUGGUGAAUGGGUUGACAAGGUUAUCGUUAAUAAAAGAAAUAGUAUCAAUAUGGGUUAUUCACUAGGAAGGUUGGAUGAAUGUGAUAAGCAACACUCAACUGAGAUCUUAUUUGAGAAAUUUUCACCUGAUGAUUGUGUGAAGUCACACCCCGAGCAACAAAACUUUGUUGCAGUGGAUGAUCCUGACUUUGAUGCUAACACUAGUGAUUGUUCUUCGGAACAUGACUUUGUUUUCCAAAUGAGUACUUCAAAUGUCUCUGGUGGUACUAAAAAUGGGAUGGAAUCCAAAUUGAGAAGGCCUAGUCCAAAGAGAAUAAAGAGUCCAGAAACUAGGAGAUCAAUACCACCACCAUCGAGAAGACUCUCUACUGGGAUGUUGUUGCAUUCAUCCACAUAUAAAACUAGAAUACAAACCCCAAAUACAAAUGCAAAAAGAAGAUCACCAAGUGGCAAGUGAGCAAAACAAUCGCUUAGAUGCAUGUCGUGAAAUUGAAAAGUGAUAUAGAUGGUAGAUGUGAACUAAUUUCAUACUUUUGGUGCCUUUUUAAUACUCGUAUACUUUUUAUUCCUUAGACAUUUUAGAUAAAAAGGAAUGCAAGGUAUUUUAUAGCUACAAUUGUCGGUUAGGUGUAGAUACUACUCAUUAAUAGAGGCCUAAAUCAAAGGCAACAAUUCCGGGGGAAAUGAUCACAUGUGAU